CCCGUGCUGCAGUAGGGGGGCGUAAUAGGAGGAAAAAAUAACAACAUUUUCACUGCUCUCACUGCAUCUUUUAUUCGCCUCACUGCCGUGCAAGUUCCACAUCCCGCUACAACCAGCAGCAGCCGCCGCCACCGACAACCACUUGCAGUCUCACAGCUUAUUUCGCAUAAGGGCUAAUAUAAAAAAAAAAAAAAUCCGUGCCAGACAUGGGGGAGAAGAUGAUGCUGCUCUUGAAGAUGUCAGUCCAGCAAACUAACUGGCUUGUGAGGACGAUGCCCGGUCUAAGAUCCUGGGACUAAGGCGUUAAUCCCUUCACACUGAUGGCCUGGACUGAGUUUCAGCUGGCCUGCUGAAGCUAUGGGGAGCUGUUGGAGCUGUCUGUACAGAGACCCCAUCAGAGACAACCAUCUCACCAAAUUUAAGGUCACCAAUGUGGACGAUGAGGGCAACGAGCUUGGUUCUGGGAUCAUGGAGCUCACCCAGACUGAGCUCAUUCUUCACACACGUAAGAGAGACGCCAUUCGGUGGCCGUAUCUCUGCCUGCGCCGUUAUGGCUACGACUCCAACCUGUUUUCUUUUGAGAGUGGCCGUCGAUGUCAGACCGGGCAGGGAAUAUUUGCAUUCAAGUGUUCCCGGGCAGAGGAGAUUUUCAAUCUGCUGCAGGAGCUGAUGCAAUGUAACAGCAUCAACGUGGUGGAGGAAUCCAUGAUGAUGAGUCGCAGUGGUCACACACCAGAGAUGGAGAUGUCUCGCACGCCACAAACUCCCAACACUCCGGGGUUCCCUGUUCAGGCUUUCCCCAACGGAUACCCUGGUUAUCCAAUCAGGGGUGAUUCCUCUCAACCCUCUCUUGCUGAUGAUCAUGGACAUAGCCUCAUGGGUUUGGAAGACCAGACCCACACCUAUGUAAACACUGUUAGUAUGGAGGGGGAUCUCUCUAUGCGCCACUGUGUGCACUCUUUGCCUGAGGUGAGACCCACCACCUUCCCAGAGACCGCACGGGGGUCUAUGCCUGUGGGGAGCCAAGGGAAUCUGCAGUCCAAUCUGAGGCACUAUCCCCUGGAGGAGCACAAUGACCCUCAGGUGUUCUUACAGCCAACCUCUCAGGAGGUCAAAUUCAUGCUGGGUCCCACACCAGCACAGCGCCAUCUGCUGGAGAGAGAGAGGGAGAGAGAGAGGGACAGGCAUGGGCACAACCCUCACAAUCUUCAGCCAGUAGAGGGUGCAACAGGCUCAGAGACAGAGGGGGAUGAGCCUUCUAUGCACUUGUGCAACUCUCACUCCUAUCAUCAUUUCCACCACCAUGCACACCGGCAUCCAGGCCUUGAACAUCCGGACAGCUGCCAAAGCGGAGAGCUCACCUACGAGAACAUCAAUGGCCUGAGGAGCGGUAGGAAACAGCGGCUGAGUCCCAGCAGUGUGUCGCAGUCUGUCGGUUCCAGCAGCAGCAGCAGCACGGGGGACAGUCACUCUCACUCCCUCCAGCACCUGCAUGUCCACGGCCCCUCUUCCCUGCCUCCACAGGGCUACGCCUGCGAAAGGGGCAUGGGUGGAGGUCACCGUCGGACAGCCCUUCUCAACUAUGAGAACCUGCCCUCUCUGCCCCCAGUAUGGGAGUACAGUGCCCUUCAGCGGGACGAGGAGCAGGAGGAGGAUGAUGAUGAGCAAGAAGAGGAUGAAUACGAGGAAGAGGAGGAAGACUUUGAUGAGUAUGAAUUCUCAGAAGGUCCUGGGACUCCAAACGGAUAUCACCAGGACAGUCGGGGCAUCCACAGAGACGCCCUGCAGAACUAUGUCAACACAGAGCAGGUCCAGCCGCCUCGGCUUCGACACGCCUGUCCCCCGCAUCCUCGGCCGUGUCAGCCAGAUCAAGGGGGGCGAAUAUUUAGCUUUGAUUUCCGCAGACGAUCAAGGUCAGGUGUGGGAGGCUGUGAGCACGGCCACAUGCCUCCAUCACGGCAGCUGAACUACAUCCAGGUGGACCUAGAUGGUGAACCUCCCUGCCAAGCCCUCGGCGGCGGGGUUGCCCAAAACCAGCCACAGCACCAGCGCCUACCACCCAAAAAAUGUGGCCCGCAGGCACCCCGGCGCAGCGAAUGCUACGCAGUCAUCGACCUAAAGAAGACAGCUGCCAUGUCCAACCUGCAGAAAGCUCUGCCUAGGGAUGAUGGGACUUCCAGAAAGACUCGCCACAACAGCACAGACCUGCCUCUGUAAACAGUGUUCAGACUGAAGAGGAGUGAUGAAGACAGAGGAUGGCUUAUUCGCAUCUUAGCACACUGGACCCUUCACUGUCAUCCAUCCAUUCAACUGUCGGGCUGACUAAUACAGUAAAGGUACCUAAUUAGAAACGUACUGAAACCUCUGUGCAUAUAAAAGGAAACAAGAAAUCUCUGAGGAGAAUUUGCCAUUUUGUUCUAUUUAUUAGAUAUGUGUUGUGGAGCUCUCUUGAGAAAUUUGCAGUUUUUACUGCAAUUACUGUUUGCUGGAUUAAUAAUUUAAAGAUAUAUAUAAGAAUAAAAUCAUAUAUAUGUAUAUGAUUUUAUGCCAAUGACUGAGAGCAGAGACCUCAGUUUUCAGUGGAAGCAGUCAUUGCCAUACUGUUUGAGCAAACUUUUUUCUUCAGCCCAUCUCGUACCUAUCCUCUAGUUUUUCUUAUUCUAUAUGGUUCUUUAUUUAAAUACUGUGGGAGGGGAAAAUGACACCCUAUUUACAGAAGAAGUACAGCUGUGGUUGGAAAGAAGGAUGUUAAUGGUUCAUCCAUAAUAAUGGCCAAAAUUCAUACCUCAUCACAAGCAUCAAAGCCUACCAUUGUGGCUGGUACAGAGAGCAUUGUUUGUUUAAUUAUGCCUACAAAGCAUUUUGCACACAAUCCAAUGGAAUUGUAUUUUAUCAUAUUUUAGGAAUGGUGUUGUCCAAUACACGAGAUGAAAUAAAUGAAGAGAACAUAUGGAUAAAUAUUCCAAACUGAACGACGGUAAAAGUAGCACACGUGGUUUUAAAAGGAGCUUAUUUCUGUCCGCAUGCAGCAAAUGAAAAGUAGCAUAUCAUCUUUGAUCACUUCUCCUGCGUGUCAUGGUAGACCCGCAGGAGGUCCACGCAGUUUACGCUUGACACGUUGCACUUUUGACCCUGGGUUGUUGAAGUGCUCACUCCCACUCCUCUGGAGCCACAGGGCUCCACCGUGUCCUUUUACCAAAAGCAGGGGGCCAAAUAUCUCAUUCCUAGUCAGCAUUGUAGAUACAUGUUAUUGACGUGUUUUUGUUAAGACAUCAACAACCUCAAAGAGUGGCAUUAAGCUAUAACCUCACAGAAAAUGUGCUGAAUCUUUAAUUUAUUUGUUAUCAGCUGUGAAAGGUCUGUUUUAAAGGGUUAAUCAAGUACAUUGCAAAGUCGUGCAGUGAAGUAUUUGCCUGUUUAGUCAACCACAUUGGGUUGAUAUUUAUUUAUUUAUUUCAUUAUUUAUUUAUUCAUUCAUUUUUUUUUUUUCAUUGUGAUGACCAGCGAUUUUUAAUCCAGUUGGUAAUACAGAGACCAAAGUUUCACCUCAAAUGAUCACUGGUGUUUUACUGUUAUUACUGUGCUGAAUUAUAUUUCAAAGAGAUAACUGUAUGUAUGUUUGAAGUGCCAAAACUUAAUUGCAAACUAUAUGAUGACUAAAAUCCAACAACCAUAGGGCAGAGGUGCAUAAGGUCGGAACGAUCAGCAGACAUACAAAAAUUUUUAAAAAAAAAAAUAUUCCAAGAAGAAGCAUUCAUUAACACUGCACAUUCCUAUGCCCCUAUGGAGCGAGAUAAUCACACUUAGAGCGGUUCUGUGCUGCUACAUAUACAUACCACCAGUUGUCUCUGCCAGCUAUACAGGUUCCUGUCAGAAUGAAACAUGUACUUAAAACCUCUGAGACUAACCAUAUUGUUCAAUACAUUUACUUAGAAGUAGUUUUGUUGUGUUCUUCUGAUGCAACUUUCUUAGCAGUGAAACUAUAUUGAAUAUUUCAUAAAUUUGGCCAUUUAGUUGAGAUUUCUUUCUUGUCAAACUGGCUGUCUGGUAGGAGAAAUAAUGGAAGCACAGGCCCACUGAUGCCAUCAUCUUUUUGUAACACUCGUAUUGAGUUGAUUUCAGCGAAUCAAAGAAUGUCAAAUGUAUAUCAUCAUUUAAAUAUUAUAGCAAGUCUUUCAAUUUUGAUCAACCCCUUGUUGAGUCUUUAAAAUGUCAGGAAACAAAUGCUCAGAGCUGUUUAAUCGAUAUUAUUAAUUAUAGUAGUAUUUUAUCACACCCUCUGCCUGGUUCAAUAAUGAGCCAGGCAAAAUAGCUGAAUUUACUGACAGUCCUCAGUAAGGAAGACAAUGUCAGAGCACCUGACAGAGUGGAGACAGCUGGUGUAUCUCACUCUGUACUAGAGCUCAACGGAUUAAUCCGCCAGCCGACAAUAUCGGCCCAUAUUAGCAUAUCCAGUGACUAUCGGUAGAGGCUACUUUAUCGCAGAUAUGUGCUGAUAUUACUAGAUUCAUUCACCAGUCUAAUAGAGUUUCAUUUGAGUUUCAUUGUUUUACACUACCAGUUCUUUUUUCACCAGCAGAAUGUUGUGACCAUCUUUUCUUCAUGAUAUAUCUUUUCAAGUGUUUGAUAACUGCUAUUAAGGGAUCAACAAAAAAGAUUGAUCAAAAAAAGAUAUCAGACGAUUUAUCGGUAUCAGACCUUUUCUCUUCCUAAUAUCAAUAUUAGUAUCGGUCCCCAAAAUCCUGUAUCGGUCAGGCUCUGUACAACGUCACGCCGGCUCUGAUUUGUGUCACCCUGUCUUAUAGAAAUCAGUUUCAAUCACAGUUUUGGUUAAACUCGUAGUCUCUUAGACUACUUUGUAACAAUUUCAAGAAAAGGGUUUAUUACAUGAACAGACUGCCAGGCUGUUGUACCUGCAUCAUUCUUUGUACAAUGUAAUUAUAAAAAAGUGGGCAGUGGUUAGGGUUAGAAUAAUACCCAUCCCUAAGUUUAACCGUUUCACCCUGCACGACAAGCAUAACUUUAUGUUCCUGAACCAUGCAUUAAAGGAUUUUCCAGUUCAGGCCUGACGUCUUUGAAGGUGUGGGCUUCUGAUUCCUUUAAUCUUCUGCUGGUCAUGCCAGUGCUCCUACUUUAGUAAUGGAUUUUUCAUCUCAUCCUUUGGAAAACUAUUGAAUUUAGUUUGAUUCAUGGAAGUUGAUAAGAACAUUUUUGUUCCAAGUUUGUAAAGAUUUUCAACCCUGGAUCAAAUUCUUUUGAAAAAAAAAUAUGUUUGCUAUAGUCUGUAUACAUUUUUCAGUCUCUCAGCAUUACUUAAACAUUUUGUUUCACUGAAUUUUUGUUGGUUUAUUCGAUUGAAUUUCCACGCUAAUUCUCCUUUACAAAUUGUUAGGACGAAGUUGGGCUAUCAGAAAUUUGUGCCAACAAUUAAAUACAGCCCAUGGUGCCAUGUUAAAAAGCUUUUUUUGUCUAACAUACAGUUACAAUUUACAUUUUUUUUUUUGUUUAUGGUAAGAUAAAAGUGGAUUGAAAAAAACAAAUGUUUUGAAAAUACUCUAUUUCUAAUGUGCUUCUUUCGAAUGGAAAAGGUAUUUCCAUUUCAUGGCUAUUAUUUACUGGCAGCUUGUGAUUACUUUCUUCAUUCCUUCAUCGUACAUUGAUUAAAUUAUUAAUGUAAAUCAGAAUUUCCCUGAACAAUGUGAAGUCUUCAAAAAGUUUGAUUUGUGUUAUAAAUAAUCCUGAACCUAGAAAUUCAAUAUACAAGGAUGUAGAAUGGGAAAGAUCUUAAUAAAUGAGCAAAUGUUUUAUCAGAGAGCAAAUUCUUGAUGUAACGUCAUGUAUUGUGAAACAGUAUAAAGAGCCUUUUGUCUAGUUUUCCAUGUGAAAAGACACACAGGAACUUCAAAUUUCCCUGAAUCAAAAGUUGAUCAUUAUCAUGAUUGCUGAUUGUGUAUUUCCAAAUGAAACAAAAAAAAAAAAAAGAUUUUCUAUAACACGACAGACAACUUUAAGCUGACCCUUCUGACUGACAGAUGCUACAUUGGAAGAGUAUUUACAUUUUUGCAAUAAUAGGUGACUUAUUGUUUUGUUGAUCUAAACCAGACCAUGUGUCAAAUUUAAAUAGUAGUCCAUUUAGCUGUGGGCUAAACAUACUUACGUAGCUGCUCUUCUGUGAGUCAGCAUUUAUAUUUUAAUUUCAGGGUACAACUUUUACUUUUCAGUCUUUAAAGUUCAAGUAAAGCUAUGAAAGUAAAACAAACUAAAAUGCCCUUUCCGUUGAUUGUCAGAGACUGUUUGCUUACACUCUCAUUACCUGUGCCAUAUUGUAGUUCCUUAAAUUAAAAACAUGUUAUUGUAGUAUGCCUUUCAAACUGGUGGUGGUGGUUCAUACAGGAAUUAGAAAGUGUUUCAGAUGAUUUUGCAGAUUAAUGUGGUUUUAUGUUCAUUUAAAAUAAAAUCCAUGUUGACAUAUGUAAACCUCACCACUUGUCAACAGUGAUUGCAUUAAUACCAUGAACUCCUGCCCUGUGUUUACGGGUUAACAAUAAAAUUAAGUAGUUGCUCUCAAGUUCAAAGUGCAGCCUGUGAAUCAUAAAUAAUUGGCAUGUCAUCUCAAGUAUUUGAAUUUUGCAUUACCCAGCGUAUAUGCUCAAGACUUAUUUCACACGUUAGAUAAAUAAUUAUCGCUGUUCAUUGAUGUGAUCUGCUCUGCUUGUGCAAUCUGCAGGGCGAUAACUGCUGUUGUCAUUUAGUUCCCCAAACUAGAUUUAUUGAACAUGUUGUUUUUACCAAAAGGGCUCGCUCUUUGUUUACUGUACAAACAUUAACACAUACCUUGAAGUCAAUUUAAAGAAAUUUCUCACUGUGCCUUUCAUAUUCAUUCCUCAAGCAUUUGCCAUACAUAUGUAGUGGAGGAGAAGCCUGUUGUUAAAAAAAACAUAAAAGCCUUUUACAAAUGAUGACGUUUUAAGGGGCUUUAAUCAAAGUGGUGUCAUUCUUCAGGUUGUUUUUCAUAUCUGAAGUUGUGUUUGUAAGAAAAGUGCCAAACUCUCUAUUGUUUAACAUCAAACUGUGUUUGAAAGUUGUCUGUUUAUAAUACUAUUUUGACAUAUUGGACGAUAACGCUUAUUCUCUUUCUUGCACAUUAAGAGAUCGAUGCCACUCUCAUGUCUGUCCUGUAAACCUAAGACAUAUAAUAGAUGGCUUUAUCAGCUGAGCAUUCAUAAAAGGAUCAAGGGAAAUGGCUAGCCUGGCUAAAAAUCUGCCCACCAGCAACCUUUAAACUUGAGAAUGAACAUUUUAUGUCUUUAUUGUAAACAUCUUAGCUUUAUUGCUUUUAGCCUAGCUUAAAUAACUAAUUGACGCCUAAAUACGACACUACUGGCAGAAAGUUAGCUUAGCUUAGCAGAAACACUGGAAUCGGGGAAACACCCAACCUGACUCAAAUAAUGCCAACCAGCAUGCCUAAUCUUACAAAUUUACAGAUCCUAUCUCCUCUGUGUAAUCCAUUCUGAAGCCGUAUUAUAAGUGUUACAUUUACAGUGCUUUUUGGGGACAUAAAUUGACAGCAGAAACUCCUGAAGGUCAUUAUGUUUGGUCAAUUUGCAUGGUGCUCAUUCUCAUUCAUUCACAUUUUGAAAAAAUCCUGUAUGAGUGGUGUCUGUUGAAAUUUGUAAGAAAGCAAAAGGCUUAUUUCCCCCAAAUAAUGAACUGUGUCUUCUAGGGUAUUGCAAAAGCGAACUGAAUGAACCGUCAUUUGUUAGGAUGACACGAAACAUCAUUUAAAUAUGUAGAGUGAAAUGGCCAAAGUGAAUGUGACUGAAAAAGGUAUUAAAUCAUGACUAGUAUGUUCUGUAGCAUAUAAUGUUCAUUUUGAGUAAAGGCAUUAUUGUGUUGGUUACGUUAUGGUCACGUGGCUAUGGUGCACUCCAUGACUGUGAUUUGACAUCAGCUGCAUUUCUUCUUUAAGUGCUGGAGAAUGUGAAGUUAAAAUUCCUUUCAGAGAUUUUAUUUUUCAAAUCCUGUUCUCAUUUGUAACCACUUUAAAUGUUUAAGAAAAUACAGAUUACAUGACUAUAGAAAGAACAGAAAGAAAAGGCAGCAACAUAGUUUGCACAUCAUUGCUACACAUCAUUUUCUGUGGUUUUUCAUGUCAUCUCUGGAAAAAAAAAAAAACUACCACAGGAAAUCAUAACCUACAUGCCAUACUGUAAAACAUCAACCUCUUGUCCAUGCUAUAAUACUCAAAGUAUCAGAAAACUGUAAUAUCUCUUCUUAUUAUUAAUGUGAAUUUUUGCAAAUCAUUUUGUUUGUCUGGUACAACAGUUUGCUAACCACCAGAGGGAGAUGUAAAUGUACAGGUCAGAGCUGUACAUUUUUGUGACAGAUUUGUGUAUUUACAUACAGGUUGCAUUGGUCUAACUUUGUGACUUAUAUAUCAAUCUCUGAAUUGACUUGAGUGCCAAAUAUGCUUGAGCAUGACAAAAUCUGGGACCUACAAGGAACUGCAGGUACUCCAGGUCUCCUCAAGUGAGACUCCAGUGACUCACUACUGUUGUAGACUACUUGCGAUAUGAAUGCACACCUGAAGGUUUAACCAUGCGAAAUAUUUUUGCUGAAAGAGGAAAAACUUAAUUUUGUUUCUGUUUCUGAUUCUGUUUUGUUUUUUUUAAAUCAAAGAUCUGUUGUAUGUUUCUGUGUUCAUCCAUUGCUUAUAUAAAUGAGUAUGCAGUAAUGGUCUUAACAUGCUUCCAUUAGAGGUGAAUAUAAAAAGCUGAUUGGCUCCAUUGAAUGAACUGUCAAAAAGAAGUGUUGGGUCAUUUCAUUCUUACAUCAUUUCACACAGAAAUUUGCUGUGUUAUUUUACGACUUCUUCAUCCUAGCCUGUCCCAAAACAAAAUAAGCUUGACAUAAGGUGAAUUUUUUUCCAUGAAUUUUAUCAAUUAUACAGUGUGGAUUUGUCCAAAAUGUACAAGUAAAUGUAAUUCUAAUAUUAAAAUGAAGCUAUGAAAAUAUCUUUUGUGCACUAAACGGUGUCUAUUCUUUUUCUUAGUCCAACCUCCAAUUUCUCAAAGAAUCGAUUUAUGUAUUUGAGCAAACAAAGCGUUUCCCCUCCAGGAUCAUGUGCCUCUACAGUACAUUACAUGUACAUUUUUAACAUUACCACAUUUACCAGAUAUUUUUAAAGGUUUUUUCUAGAAUAUUUUUAUACCAGAACUAUCUAAUCAACAACAACUACAGUACAAGGUCUAAACAAAAGUCUAAGAGAGAAAGACAUGAUCCAGACCGCACAUGAUGAUCAAACCUGAUCACUCUGGGAGCCAAGAUGCUUUGUUCGCCCUGGCCUGUUGGUCAUUCUCUAAGAAAACACUUAAGACAGCAAAACGGACCUGUUUAAAUGUGUAUUGCAAUGCACAAACCAUUGUGAGGUUAAUCAUUCACCCUCCAUCCCAGCAGCAGAGAAAAGCUGUGCUGGGAUUAAAAAAAAGGAUGUUAACUGUGUUAACACCACUCACAAUAGAUUACAUUGUGCAGCUAUUUACAGCCAAACAAUCUACCCAGUAUUUAUUAAUAAUUGUUGCAGGGGACACAUACAUAUUAAUCAUUUUUGCUUAAACCAGAAAUUAAAUCUUGAUUUUUUUCAACAAUUGUUUUGCAGCUGGAUAUGAACUUCUUCUGAGCAUGUUCUAACUGUAUGCCAGUGUGUUAACAAUUUAAAUUAUUUUAUGUACAAAGAGUAUGGUCCUUGUUAGCUGUAGAGAUUUACAGCAAACUGUAAAUAUAUGCCUUAAAUGGUAGUUGUCCUGUCUUGUGUUUGUAUGUUUGUCUUGUUUAAUGGUUAUUGAAUAAUUGUAUCAAAAGCGGAACCUCACAAAUAAAGCAGAGCUUUUAUUGUU